UGGUUCCAGAGACGUGCUGGUGUGAAAUGAGGUUUAGGACGGAGGAUCCCCUCCCUUAGAGCUGCACUGAGAGAAAACCACAAAAAACGACAAAAACAAAAGCAGAAAAACUAAAUGAAAGAGCUGAGAUGGACCGCGUCGUAAUGCUGAUGUCACAGGGAUGCACUACUUGAUUUUUUUUUAUGGUUUUCUCUUUUGUAGACACAAGGAGAGCUGUCUCCCCCUUCGUUUUUUGAACCAGCCAAACCAGCUAGCUUGCUAGUAAGUAAUCUAGCUAGCUAGCCAGCUGUUUCCUGUGUUGCCGUUUACUUUUGGAGCUAGCUACAACUAGUCUGACAGCUGGCUUGCGUACUGCUGUUAAGGGUAAUUGCCACAGCGUUUGAACCUCGGCGUCUUCUCAUUCCGCAAAAGCCGUUAAGGAGCUUGAGAGACACAAAGAAAAUGGGUGCUUUCUUGGACAAGCCAAAGAUGGAGAAGUUUAAUGCACAUGGGGAGGGGAACAACCUGCGUUACGGCCUCAGCAGCAUGCAGGGCUGGCGGGUGGAGAUGGAGGACGCACACACAGCCAUUGUGGGCCUUCCUCAUGGGCUCAGCACAUGGUCGUUUUUUGCUGUCUAUGAUGGACACGCUGGCUCUCAGGUGGCUCGCUAUUGCUGUGAACACCUACUGGAGCACAUCACCAGCAACCCAGACUUCAGAGGUGGAGGCCCGGGUGGAGGGGAUGAAGACGCCGGCGCUAGUCAUUCUGAACCUUCAGUGGAAAGUGUGAAGAAUGGUAUUCGCACAGGCUUCCUACAGAUUGACGAGCACAUGCGUGCCAUUUCGGAACGCAAGCAUGGUGCUGACCGCAGCGGUUCGACUGCAGUGGGCAUUAUGAUUUCGCCAGAGCACUUUUACUUUAUUAACUGUGGGGACUCCCGGGCCCUGCUGAGCCGUGGGGGUCGAGUCCACUUCUUCACGCAGGACCACAAGCCCAGCAACCCUCUUGAGAAGGAGAGGAUUCAGAACGCUGGAGGUGCGGUCAUGAUUCAACGGGUUAAUGGUUCUCUGGCUGUUUCUCGUGCUCUUGGCGACUUUGACUACAAGUGUGUGCAUGGAAAGGGCCCAACAGAGCAGCUGGUCUCUCCAGAGCCAGAGGUGUAUGAGAUUGAGAGAGCAGAGGCAGAGGAUGAGUUUGUGGUGCUGGCCUGUGAUGGCAUCUGGGAUGUCAUGACCAAUGAGGAACUAUGUGACUUUGUGCGCUCACGACUGGAGGUGACCGAAGACCUUGAGAGGGUGUGUAAUGAAAUAGUGGACACCUGUUUGUACAAGGGUAGCCGUGACAACAUGAGCGUGGUACUGGUAUGUUUUCCAGGUGCACCCAAGAUCAAUCCAGAAGCUGUGAAGAGAGAGGCAGAGCUGGAUAAGUACCUGCAGAACAGAGUAGAAGAGCUCAUUAAGAAGCAGGGUGUGGAGAGCAUUCCAGACUUAGCCCAUGUGAUGUGUGUGUUAGCCACGGAGAGCAUCCCCAACCUCCCACCCGGGGGAGAGCUGGCUAGCAAACGCAGCGUUGUGGAGGAAAUGUACAAUAAACUCGACCCCUACCAAAGUGACAGCACAUGUGGAGCCAGCAAUUGGGCCAAUGUAUGUGGAUCUUCCAGGCUUUGAACAGGACCCACAUAACCCUUUCUCUCCUCACACGUCUUUUUUUUUUUUUGAAGAAGAAGAGUUCCAUGUUGACUCAAGACAUAACACCAGGCACUUCCAGUUUUAAUCUCAGAUAUUAGACCACUCUGUCAAGACCAACUCCUACCUCUUAACUACACACCUCACACACUGCCUUAAAUACUGUCAGCUGUAAAGAUGGUAUAACAGACAUAAGACUGGGAAAGAAGAUGAUGGAAGAGUAUCUGUUAAAAAAAAGAAAACUUAGCAGCAUGUGUGUAAUUUGUUUUUGUUUUUCAGCUUAUAUUUGAAAUGUUUAGUUUUUUUAACUGAUCUGUAAAACUUGGUUUCUCAUAGCACCUAUAGGCAUGGCUGUACUUUCCACUUAUUUUCUUCUAGAUCCAUCUCUUUCUUGGUUUGUGGUAAAAAUGUUUUCUUUUGUCCUUGGACCUGUUGUAUGGAGAAUAUAAUGCACCUCAGUGUUGAUGGAAACUCUGAUACUUGUCCUUUGUAUGUGGAUCUCCUCAAAUAAUUAUUGAUUUUUUUUUUUUGGUUUUCCUAAGAAAAUAAUUAAAGAUUUGCAAUGAAUACAAUAGCCAUGAACGUUUACAUACUGGAAAUCAAUUCAAACACUGUGCUUAGGUUCUCAGAUUUUUUUCUUUUGUACAAGGAUUGUUUAAACUAUAUUGUGUUUAUCUGCAGGCAGGUCCUUGAAUUUGAGGAAAUGUUUAAGCAUGUGCUGAAAGCAAUUCUGUAUAUUUCCUAAUAAUGAUGUAUAUGAAUAUGACUGAAUGAAUGGGCCAUCUUAUGAUCCCUCACUGGUGUAAGAUUGUUGUACCAACAUUUGCAUGCUGUAACUAUGUUUGAAAGUCAUUCUGUAUAAAGGGGUAAGUGUUGAGAGCUGAGAAAUGUAUAUUUGCAAUAUUUUGAAA